AUGGAUACGGACGAGGCCCUGCAGCUGGGGACGGUGCUGGUGGGAUCCCCCACGCAGGAUGGGACCAUCUCCAUCCUCACCACCUCGGCGGAGGCGGACGAGCCCCACAGCGUGCAGUUCCCGGCCCCCCGCCAAGGCAGCCCUCUGCGCCUGGGGCAGCCUCGCUGGGCCAACUACGUCAAGGGCGUCAUCCAGCACUACCGGGGUGGUCCCGUGCCGGGCUUCAGCGCCGUGGUCGCCAGUGACAUCCCCCUGGGCGGGGGCCUCUCCAGCUCGGCCGCUCUGGAGGUGGCUGCCUACACCUUCCUCCAGCAGCUCUGCCCCGAUGACGGUGAUAUGGUAGCCAAGGCGCUGGCGUGCCAGAAAGCGGAGCACACAUUUGCCGGCAUGCCCUGCGGGAUCAUGGACCAGUUCAUAUCCGUGAUGGGCAAGGAAGGCCACGCACUGCUCAUUGACUGCAGGUCCCUGGAGACUGUCCUCGUCCCGCUGACCGAUGCCAGCUUGGCCGUCCUCAUCACCAACUCCAACGUGCGGCACACGCUGACGGGCAGCGAGUACCCCACGCGCCGGCGGCAGUGCGAGGAGGCGGCAGCGGCGCUUGGCAAGGCCAGCCUGCGAGAUGCCACCAUGGCCGAGCUGGAAGCUGCCAGGAGCAGGCUGGGCGAGGAGGUGUACCGGCGGGCCAGGCACGUCAUCGGCGAGAUAGCACGGACAGCCCAGGCAGCGCGAGCGCUGCAGGACAGGGACUACGAGACGUUUGGGAGGCUGAUGGUGGAGAGUCACAACUCCCUCAGGGACGACUAUGAAGUGAGCUGCCCGGAGCUGGACGAGCUGGUAGCGGCAGCCCUGGAGGUUGAUGGCGUUUACGGCAGCAGGAUGACGGGGGGAGGCUUCGGAGGCUGCACGGUGACGCUGCUGGAGGCUGGGGCUGCAGAGAGAGCCCAGCACCACAUCCAGGAGAAAUACAGCGGCACAGCCACCUUCUACCUCACCAAACCCUCCGGAGGGGCAGCGGUGCUGCCCCUGUAG